AUCGGUUGUUCGAUUAAUCGUGCCGUCACUAAGCCGCACUUCAAAUCGGCAUUUUUCGUUUUUUGGAUCUAAUAUUUGUUUUGAAGAGGUUUAAACAUCGUUUUCAUUUAUUGGACAAAAUGCCGCAGGAACUAGAGACAAGUGCAGAUGAGUUGAAGCGUCGUAACUUACCGUGGAUUGAAAAAUAUCGGCCUAUAAGAUUUGAGGAGAUCGUUGGAAAUGAAGAUACAAUUGCCCGCCUUUCAAUUUUUGCUACGCAAGGAAAUGCGCCAAAUAUUAUAAUAGCGGGUCCUCCAGGUGUAGGCAAGACAACAACCAUCCAAUGUCUGGCACGCAUUUUGCUCGGAGACAGCUAUAAAGAAGCCGUGCUCGAGUUAAAUGCAUCUAAUGAACGUGGUAUUGACGUAGUUCGCAACAAAAUAAAAAUGUUCGCCCAGCAAAAGGUUACAUUGCCAAGAGGAAGACAUAAAAUAGUUAUACUAGAUGAAGCCGAUAGCAUGACCGAAGGGGCUCAACAAGCACUUCGCAGAACAAUGGAAAUUUAUAGUAAUACAACGCGUUUCGCUCUUGCUUGCAAUACCAGCGAAAAAAUUAUUGAACCAAUACAGUCACGUUGUGCGAUGCUACGUUUCACAAAACUUUCGGAUGGUCAAAUACUUGCUAAAUUAAUCGAAGUUUGCCAACGAGAAAAUCUCUCUUAUGAAGAAGAUGGAUUAGAAGCAAUUGUUUUUACCGCGCAAGGUGAUAUGAGGCAAGCAUUGAACAAUUUGCAAUCGACUGCUCAAGGUUUCGGAUCUAUUACGGGUUCAAAUGUGUUUAAAGUUUGUGACGAACCGCAUCCAAUGCUUAUCCAAGAUAUGCUGCAACAUUGUACACAAAACGAUAUACACAAGGCUUACAAAAUUCUCACGAAAUUGUGGCGCCUUGGUUACGCUUCUGAAGAUAUAAUUGGAAACAUAUUUCGAGUUUGCAAGCGAUUAAACAUAGAUGAGCAAACUAAACUAAACUUUAUUAAAGAAAUAGGAAUCACCCAUAUGAAAGUAGUGGAUGGAUUGAACUCUUUGCUUCAACUCACAAGUCUUUUAGCUAAAUUGUGCGAUAUUGCUGAUAUUCAUUAAGGAAAUACUUUUAUAUACAGUAACUUUCGCUCAAAGCUUAUAUCAAAUA